CGAAAAUCGUUUUGGUUUUUUUUAAUCAGAAUUCGAUAGUGUUUUAAACAUUUCUUAUUUAAUUUCAAUAAUUUUGCAUUUGUAUGGCUUCUUGACGGCAAAAGAUUAAGAUUUUUUUAAUAAAUUAAAAAAUUACUACCUUCGGUAGCAUCAAAUGUUCCUAUAUUUGUAUUUUCUUUAUUAAUUCGGAACCAGUCAAAAUUAAAAUAUUAAAUCGGUCUUUCAAAUUUCAAAGAUUAAAAAAGAUAACUUAUACUUAAUUGGUGUAAAUAUUGUGGUAAACAUUUCUUCUAGAAAUCAACAGAAAUUUCUAUGAGUAUAUCAGAUGACCAGUGAUCGAUUGGACGCAUAGUUUUGUUUGCAAAAAAAAAAAAGUUGAAAUGCCAAUAUUUGGUUGGGGUAACACCAUUCAUGGCGAACUUGGACUUGGUGGAAUUGAAGAUGAAUUUGUUUUGACUCCAAGGCAGAUGACAUGGAAUCCCGAGCAAGAAAUCGUUCAGGUUUCUUGUGGCUCAACGCAUACGUUAUUUGUGACAGCUAGUGGGAAAGUGUUCUCUUGCGGCAACAACGAUAACGGGCAGUUAGGACAUGAACUGCCGACAAAAAGGCCACGUAUGUCCUUGUUUAAACCGUUAACCGUCCUCGAAAACUAUGACAUCAAACAAGUAAGCUGCGGAGCCAACCACUCUUUGGCUCUUGACGAAUGGGGUCAUAUUUAUAGUUGGGGCUUGGAUGAUUAUGGCCAAUUGGGAAUUGGUGAUAGUGAAACACGACAAACGGUCCCUAAAAUUCUUAAGCAUUUAGUAUCAAAGCAUUUAGUUCAAAUAGCAUGCGGACACAAUCAUUGCUUGGCUCUAUCAAAUAGUGGAGAACUGUUUGCUUGGGGCUCGAACAUGUAUGGCCAAUUAGGAUUUGAUAAUAGUGAUUGUAAACAUAGUUCCAUACCGAAGCAGAUAACCGCAUUGAAAGGAAUUCCCAUAAGUUUUAUUGCAUGCGGAGCGAAUCAUUCUUUUGCGCUUUCCAAAUCGGGGGCAGUGUUUGGCUGGGGAAGAAAUAACCGUGGCCAACUUGGUCUAAAUGACGAAGAUACUCGGAAACUACCCACACAGCUGCGGACAUUGCGUAGUCUAAAAGUGCGUUACAUCGCAUGUGGAGAAGAGUUCUCUGUGUUUUUAACCAAAGACGGUGGAGUGUUUACUUGUGGUGCUGGAACCUACGGCCAAUUGGGACAUGGUAACAAUUCCAACGAAGCGCUGCCACGUAAGGUAAUGGAACUAAUGGGCAGCACAAUAACGCAAAUAGCUUGUGGCAAUCGCCAUACCUUAGCAUUGGUUCCAUCAAGAGGAAGAGUUUACGGAUUUGGUUUAGGUUGUUCAGGACAAUUGGGAACACGCUCAACAAAUAGUUCAUCUGUGCCUCAGGUUGUGCUUGGUCCAUGGGUCUCCCCAAGCGGAUCAACGUUACUUUCAAACGACAUUCCCGAAGUUAAUGCCUUGACAAUAAAACAGAUAUUCUCUGGCGGAGAUCAUGCGCUAGUUACUACUAAAUAUUUCAUGGAUAAAAUACCGGCUGUCGACUAUCGUUUGUAUAAAUCCGAAACUCAAAUCCUCACAUUAACAAAUACUUUAGCUAAAGAGUGUUUGAAGGUAGAAAAAGAAGAUGCAAUUGACAUGGACUUAUUGGGUUCUAUCGAAUUGAUAUUCAAGAGCUUAGAGUGCCUUAAUGGAUCAUUUCUGUUGGAUGACGAUAAUCAUUACUGCUGUACAUCAAAACAUCAUGGAGUCGAUCUCUUAAAAGCUACCGAAGUUUUUGACGAUAUCAGAAAAAUAGAAAACGAAAGCCUUAAACAAAUAAUUUUAAACACCAUAGACAGUGGAUUAAUAAGUUCUCUAGCGCCAUCGCCUCCGGAUGUUGAAACCCUGAGAAUAUAUUUAACUCUGCCUUUGUACCACGAAUUUGAUAAUUCUAAGAACUAUACCGCAUUGCACACACAAUUUAGCAAUGCUGUAAUGAAAUUAGAGACGAUUCCAAAGAAGAUAGUGGGUCAAUGGUGGGCUGAGGCUCCUAUCGAAUAUUUCGAACAUAUGGUCUCAAAUUUCAAAAACGUUGUGAGCUAUAUUAUCAAUUUUAAACUAUCUCUCAAAACAGGAUUAACGAAAAAGGCAAUAACGUUUGAGCCAAAUCUAUUUGGUGCUUUAAAUCUUCUUGUGUUUCUUCAUAAAAUUAAUCAUUCUCAAAGAAAAGAAAAGUCGUCUUAUGAAAUAUUCCAUCUCCCUGAUUUGAUGGAUCACAUCGACAUCCAACAGGAGUAUAUAAAUUGGUACAUGGAUAAAAAUUCACAGUUAUUUAAUAUCUGCAACUAUCCAUUUUUAUUUGAUGCAAUGAUUAAAAUGAUUCUUUUGCAAACUGAUCAAGCACUUCAAAUGCAUACUGCAAUGCAAAAUGCUGUCGCAACAGGUUUUUUUGCAAUGUUUAAUAUGGCACCACCAACAUCGCAAUUUAUUGUUCUUAAUGUAACUCGUGAGAACUUAGUUCAGGAUACACUGAGAGAAAUAAUGCAAUAUAGUCAGGCUGACUUAAAGAAGCCCCUCAAAGUGAAAUUUAAAGACGAAGAAGCCGAAGACGCAGGAGGCGUACGCAAAGAAUUUUUCAUGCUUCUAUUAAAAGACAUCAUCGACCCGAAGUAUGGAAUGUUCAAAGAAUUCGAAGACUCUCGUGCAGUCUGGUUUUCAGAUGUUUCCUUCGAAACAGAUGACAUGUACUUCCUUAUUGGAAUAAUAUGUGGUCUUGCAAUCUAUAAUUUCACAAUAAUUAACUUGCCUUUCCCAUUGGCUCUGUAUAAGAAAUUACUUAACGAACCCGUAGAUAUUAGCGACUUGCGUGAUUUAUCGCCAACCUUAGCAAAUUCCAUGCAAAGCAUUUUGGAUUAUCAAGAAGAUGAUUUGGAGAAAGUGUUCGAUUUGACUUUUGAAAUAACAAGAGAUAUAUUUGGUGAAUCGAAAGUCGAACUACUUAAACCAGGUGGUGAUAAAAUUUCCGUAAAUCAACAGAACAAAAAAGAAUUUGUGGAUCUCUAUGUGGACUUUGUGUUCAACAAAUCCGUCGAAACAAAAUUCAACGAAUUCCAAAAGGGUUUUAUGAAGGUAUGUUGGGGCAGAGUUUUGCAAAUUUUUAAACCUCACGAACUCAUGGCUGUGGUUGUGGGAAAUGAAGACUAUGACUGGCAUGCCUUGGAAGCCAGUGCAGUUUAUAAAGGCGACUACAAUUCAGGCGAUGAAACUAUUCGUUGGUUUUGGGAAGUUUUUCAUGAUCUGCCAAUUGAGGAAAAGAAAAAUUUCUUGCUGUAUUUAACUGGAAGCGAUCGUAUACCUAUUGGUGGAAUGAGCAAAAUUCAAAUUAUAAUCCAACCAACCACCGACGAUAGAUUCCUGCCAGUGGCUCAUACAUGUUUUAAUCUAUUAGAUUUGCCACGUUACAAAACAAAGGAAAGGCUAAGAUUUAAACUUCUACAAGCAAUACAACAAACUCAGGGAUUUAGUAUUGUUUAAAAGGGAAACAAAAAUGAAGAGAUAUGUUAUGAUCUUGUUGGAAAUGUUUUGUUUUUUAUUUUAUAGAUAUAAAAUCUGUUAAUAUGAACAAAUUGGCCUUAGAAUGGUUCUUGA